ACGCAUUUCUAUUUUGGUCGAUAAAGUGUUGAAGGGGUCUAAAUAGACUCAAAGCCUGUAUGUGUAUAGACGCACCUGUGAAACAACAGGUGCUGGAAGGCUAAUACUGAGAGAUAGCUAUUCGGUUCUGAAAUUAUGUGAUCACUACUUAACGGCUUUUUCUGUCCAUUCAAACAGAGACCCUAAGGAAAGCGGUUGCAUAAAACAGUCCUCGUCAGCUUGGCUGUAAUAUCUGUUACAGAGAGACUGAUACAGAUUCCGAGCCUUAAUUAAUGCGACACUAUGCUUAAAUAUGGAGCGCUCGUCGCCUUUCUUGUAUCCCUGUUGCUGAGUCAAGGAAUAAUGGAAAUAAUGUAUACUAGCGUGAACGUUACUCCAAUUGUUGGUAUACAAGUAACAAGUGAUGGCUGUCAUUACAAUGGAUUCAAGUUUAAUGGGCUACAAUAUUCUUGGAACCCAUGCCAAAGACUGUCAUGUCAUCUACAGAGCCAAGUUCUGGUAAAAAUGGAGUGUGGGGCACCUCCGGAAGGCUGCUAUCUCCAAGAAGGCAUAGACAGACCGUUCCCGCGCUGCUGUAGAGUCCGUUGUCCUGAGAUGAGUGUUUGUGUCACAAGUAAUGGCUCUUUGAUGAAAAGUGGAGAGACCCUUAACUCAUCAGAUCCAUGCUUGCGUUACACGUGCAGAAACGGAAUCCUGUUGACACAGGGGUGUGGAGAUACUCCGCAAGGUUGCUCUCUAAGCUCGAAAGGGUCGCAACGUUUGCCAUUUUGCUGCAAUACUACUUGCAACAUGAAAACAUACAUGUGUCUCACAAGCGAUGGCAGGCUGUUGAAGGAUGGAGAAGAUACCAGCUUGAGUGAGCCAUGCGUGAGGUACAUUUGCAGGAACGGAAUACUUGUUACACAAACGUGCCAAACGUACACGGACACGAGAUGCAGUGCUUCUCAAGUGGACAAAUGCGCGCCAUAUCCGGCAUGCUGCGGCAUUUCGAAAGUUUGUGCAGGUUGAAAAAUUAGAAGCGGAUUUGAUAAUCGUAAUUCUUGAAAGAAGAUGGCAACAAGACAGCGUUGCCAGCCUGAAGCUUUUGUCAAUGUUUCCUUUUUUCCCGAUAGCUUGGUUUAUUGUUAUGCACUACAGUAGUCCUCAAAUAAAGGCGGUACG